AUGUCGUCACCGAGCGCUGGAAAACGCCGUAUGGACACAGAUGUCAUCAAACUCAUCGAGAGCAAGCACGAAGUGACGAUCCUGGGUGGCCUUAACGAGUUCUGCGUGAAAUUCUUUGGACCACCAGGAACUCCUUACGAGGGCGGCGUGUGGCGCGUUCGCGUACAUCUGCCCGAUCAUUACCCGUUCAAGUCGCCAUCGAUUGGUUUCAUGAACAAGGUUUAUCAUCCGAACAUCGAUGAAGUAUCCGGAACCGUUUGCCUAGACGUCAUCAACCAAGCUUGGACGGCGCUGUAUGAUCUUUCGAACAUCUUCGAGUCGUUUCUACCGCAGCUACUCACCUACCCAAACCCAAUAGACCCUCUGAACGGCGACGCGGCCGCAAUGUACUUGCACAAACCCGAGGAGUAUAAGAAGAAGGUUUCAGACUACGUGCGCCGUUUCGCCACCGAGGAGGCGCUGCUAGAGAAAGACGCGAUAACCGGCAUGGGCGGUACGCCCGCCUCCUCCGGCAAGCAGAACGGCGCGCACGCGAGCGACACCGAGAGCUCAAUGAGCGACUUCAGCGACGACGCCGCCCACGACAUGGAGUUA